GUUAUUCUAUUCAGUGGCUGCUGUAUUGUUUUGAUUAGGAAAAUAAUCUGGGCAGGUACAGCUACGGACUACGUUAAAUAAGCCGUCAUGGAAGAGCAGACAGGUUCUCCUGGAGCCAAUGCCGACAACAACAGCCAGAGAAAUGGAGAUGAGAAACCCAGACGUGGCAGCUGGACCAAGGGGAGGAAGAGGAAGAAGCCAAUGAAGGACAGCAACGCGCCAAAGGCCCCCCUCACAGGCUACGUCCGCUUCAUGAACGACAGACGGGAGCAGCUACGGGCUGAGCGUCCAGACGUGCCCUUUCCAGAGAUUACAAGGAUGCUGGGCAACGAGUGGAGCAAGCUGCCCCCCGAGGAGAAGCAGCGAUACUUGGACGAGGCAGAGCGAGAUAAGGAGCGCUACAUGCGGGAGCUGGAGAAGUACCAGAAGACAGAGGCCUACAAACAUUUCACCAGGAAGGUCCAGGAGAAGCAGAAGGGCAAGAGGCACAGGGGAGAUGUUGGACACCAGGUAGCCAAUGAGGCUCUUCACGAGAAGGAUGCAGAGGGAAAGGACAGAACCGUGUUUGACAUACCAAUCUUCACAGAGGAGUUUCUCAACCACAGCAAAGCGCGCGAAGCCGAGAUGCGGCAGCUGCGCAAGACCAACAUGGAGUAUGAGGAGCGUAACGCAGCCCUGCAGAAGCACGUGGAGAGCAUGCGCGGGGCGGUCGAACGGCUGGAAGGCGAUGUCAUGCAAGAGCGGGGACGCAAUGGGCUCCUCCACCAGCACCUGGAGACCCUGCGCCAGGCGCUCACCUCCAGUUUCUCCACUGUACCUCUGCCAGGCAGCGGAGAGACGCCCAGUCUUGAAACCAUUGACUCCUACAUGAAGAAGCUGCACAGCGUCAUUGUCAGUAACCCCCAAGAACACGAGAAUCUCAUCAACACUGUGAGAGACGUGGUGAACCGUUUGGACAGAUAAUUGGACCAAGUUCAACUGAUGUGAUGGAUUGUGAUUCACAGCGACGUUAAGUAGAUGCUCAUUCCAGUUCGAUGCCUCGCUCCUUGACGUUGAAUCUUCUUGUCAAUCUGUCAUCCCAGUUGAGUUUGAAACAUCUUUUGUUACUCCGCUAAGGUGAUAUAGGUGAAGGUGAUGUAGCGUCUCAUAUUUAUUUAUUAUUUUUUACCUUUUUUUUUUUUUUUAAAGAACUCUGGUCAUGCAUUUAUUAAUAUAGCUGUAGUUUGUUUUUAUAAAGUAAUCCGACAACAGGACAUGAAGCAGUUCUCUGUGACUAUCGCUCCUCUUCACCAUCGAACUUAUAGCAAAUGCACAACAGUAUCUAAACCGUUAUCCAAAAAUGUUGUCAGUGAGUUUGUAUUCAUCAUAUCCAAGAAAAAUUGUUGAGCAGACUGCCUUUUUUUCAUGCUCUGUUGGAAAAAAAACAUGUGCCAUUAAUUUUUUUUUUCUCCUGUGUGAUAAAGUGUUUGUGUUUU